UCGAUAAAUUGAAAUAGCUAAUUGAGGAACAAUUCUGCUGAUGGAGCGUCGUCGUGAGCUUAUUUUUCUGUGCUCUUCGCCUGGCAAUCGGUGUUGGAAUCUUAUUUUAUCUGAAUUUAGCCCUAAUUUCUAUUGUUCAACUAAUAGGCAUCUGGUGAAACUUCCAUCUUCUAUAAUUAGCAGAUUUGCUGGUCCGAACGGUUUCUCUUUAUUGAAUUCAUCAAUCAUGGAUUAUCUACGAUCCGGGCAAGUUAUAUUCAGUUUACGCAGUUUAACCUGUUUAGUUUCCAGAUGGAUGCUGGGUCGGUCAAGGGGAAUGCUUAUUCGUUCUUUAAAUAUACUGGUCAUGCAUUGUCAUAGUCUUCGUUGGCUCUCUUCAUCAUCUUGUACCUUGGUCGAAACUCAUCAAGAUACUUCACUAUUUUCCAGUCAUAACCAGUGUUCAUAUCCCAAAAAGGAAUCUCCACGAAAGUUCAAAGUAUAUGUCCGAGUUGACAAUGGAGAACAUGCUUCAACUGGAGAGCGUGCCCUGCAACCCUUUUCAUCAUCUUGUACCCUGGUCGAAACUCAUCAAGAUACUUCACUAUUUUCCAGUCAUAACCAGUGUUCAUAUCCCAAAAGGGAAUCUCCACGAAAGUUCAAAGCAUAUGUCCGAGUUGACAAUGGAGAACAUGCUUCAACUGGAGAGCGUGCCCUGCAACCCUUUUCAUCAUCUUGUACCGUGGUCGAAACUCAUCAAGAUACUUCACUAUUUUCCAGUCAGUCUAGUCAUAACCAGUGUUCAUAACCCAAAAAGGAAUCUCCACGAAAGUUCAAAGCAUAUGUCCGAGUUGACAAUGGAGAACAUGCUUCAACUGGAGAGCGUGCCCUGCAACAACCCUUUCAUCAUCUUGUACCGUGGUCGAAACUCAUCAAGAUACUUCACUAUUUUCCAGUCAUAACCAGUGUUCAUAUCCCAAAAGGGAAUC